UUUUACAGUAAAGAAAUAUAUAUCAAAUUAGUUUAAUAAAAUUUACAUCGAUAAUGUCUGAAACUGAAAUUAAUGGCACCGAGGAGGAGGUGCAGGACAAAAAGCAAAAGAAACAAACUCGUCAUGACGGUGGUGCAGCCGAUUUAGAACGCGUUACAGAUUAUGCGGAGGAGAAGGAAAUUUCGGCAGCGCACAUAUCCAGUGCAGUAGAGCAAAUCGGAAACAAACGAAGCAAGGAAGAUGAGCGUAAGGUGGCCAAAGAGAUGGAGCUGCUAAAAGUGCAUGUCAAAAAAGAGGACAUUGAACUGAUUAUGAAUGAAAUGUUAAUAUCACGCUCCCAAGCAGAGAAAGUACUGCGUGAACAAAGCGGUGAUGUAGUUGCGGCGUUAGAGGCAAUAAUCGCUAACUAAUAUCCUUCCGGCUGAUAAAACAAAUGAAAACAAUUGUCCGUACUAUUAAUAUUUUGUAAAAACUAGAUGAAAAAAUAAAAUGUCAUGCUAAGAAUAUAUUUUUUCU